AUGCUCUCUCAAACUCCUAGCACUUCCUCUGCUCAGCCUGCCUUACCGAGACUGGGCCCGACGGAUGGCCAGCAGGAAGCAGUCAAGUUCCGGGUUUGUGAUCAUUGCAGAAUAAAGAAGACAAAAUGUGACAUGGUCCGCCCGGCCUGUGGAAGCUGCCGGUCCCGCCAUGCCGUUUGCACCUACAGCAGACGAAGGAAAAAACCUGGACCCCCUAAGGGCUGUCAGAGGUGGAGCAGAUCCUUUUCCGAUACCAACUCAACCAUUUCGUCCGGGAUUCAGGCACGUCGAGGCGCUCCGUCCUUGUUAUCAUCACUUGCAAAGGAGCGUGGUAGGCAUCACGAGGCCAUUGCUAACUCAAUCGACACUGCCGAUUCGGCGGGGUGGAUGCUGAUGGAUCACGAUGCCGUGGCAGAGUGGCCAUGGCGCGACAAUCCAGUCGGUGACGUCUCGCCAUACUAUCCGCUAGGCCAACCAUUUCCCAAAGACUGCCUAGGGCUCAGCCCCGAGCUUGAAGCAUAUUUGUUAGAUCUGUAUUUCACACACCUCCAGCCGAUUUAUCCCUUAUUCCGCCGUCCCUAUGCUUGCCUGUCAAGCCGCAAAAUCCCGGAUCUCUCACCACGCCUCAAAAUGGCCAUCUAUGCUGUAUCAGCUCGAUUUGCAAGCCCGGAUGUCCUCGGAGGCCCGGCGUCGUCCAAAUCAUUUGCUCAGUUUGCCAUGAGCCUCAAUCAAGGCUCUGAUCUCACCAUGGAUGAACUCAAGGCAUCUCUCCUGCUCUAUGUUUACGAAAUGUCCGAGACUGUGAGAUGGGAUACAGUGGCGGAAAUCGCGAGGAUCACCCGCAUGGCAGAACUCUACUAUGCUCUUCACUUCGAUAGUAGACCCGGCGAGCCGAGUAAGGCCAGUACCUUUGACGACAGGAUGAGCUUGCGGAGCCAAGAGAGGGAAAUCAGCUCAGGUCUUGCUGCUGAGGAAUGGAACAGCGUAUGGUGGUGCAUCUACUCGCUUGACACGAGCUGCAGUGCUGUUGCAUCAUUCUCCAAUCCCAUUACCGACAACCUACAAGCAAAGAUGGCACUGCCGGCAACAUCGGUUUCCGAGUUCACGAAUCCAUCCCUCUGUGACCAAGAAUCAUCUGAAGAUGGGUCACAGUUUAUGAUUCCCUCAGCCGGGGCGAAGCACUGGGAGACCAUGAGCAUGAUAUUCUCCAAGACUUCGUGCCGCAAUCGGAACCUAUAUUUCGGUACAUGUUCACUGAUGCGAGCAGUUACCGACCUCCGAUCUCUCAUGGUACGGAGCGGUGGCCGUGACAUACAGAAGCGGCUACACGAGCUCGAGAGCGACUGCACAGCAACGUCUUUUGCACUCCCUCCGUGGUUUUUCAAUGCAACCCGUAACUUUGGCGUUGCCGAAACAGACGAGGAGCAUCAGCGUCGGCUAGACGUGCUUCUUGUUUGGUCAGGGGCAAACGUGUUGCUGUCCAUUUGUGCGGCAAAGAUCAGUACCCAGAGUGCUUGCUCGGAGCUCCAAGUCUCAUGGCUCACAAUCCUAUCCAAGGCGAAAGAGACGGUCCGGAUAAUUCAGAACUGGAAGCCUGGUUAUUUCAAAGCCAUAGAUCCCAUGUGCUCGUACCUGAUACUCCUUUCCGCAUCCGUCCUCGCUUUCGACGGCGAGCUGGGCUCUACAAACACAUCGACAACAUCCCAGUCGAGUGAACACCUCGACCUUCUUCAGUUGUUCCUGAAUCAGAUGGGAAUCAACUGGCCAGUAGCAUGCCGUCUGGCAAAUACUUUGAAGUUAUUGCGAGCCAAAUUGUCGAGGCAGAAGCCAGUACACGAAGACGCCAUCAAUUACCUCAUCGACCUCACCAGCCCCCUAAAUGGAACCCUCAUAUGUCCUGACAAGAAUGGUGUCGAUAAGCAAUCGCCGCUCGCAGAGGAAGCCUCGUCAUUCCUCUUUCCGGCGUUCACUGCCUGUGCUGCCCCAGAGGACUUGACCGCGCAUUCCAAUGGAAGGUCGCCAAACAAUGUUGACUACCAACUUCAGAACUAUCAGUGGCUCGACGAGUUUGACCUUGCAAGGUUGGACGAUGUUACUGCGGGAAUGGAUCCGCAGAUAUGUUUCGAGCAGUUCUGA